CUUUACAAGGUGUUUUAUUCAUAUGGAUGAAAUCAUGACUUAUGAUUGACAAAAUGUUUCAUGUCUUUGUUGUUGCAUUGUAAGAAGAACAAAUGUCUAAGAAGAGCCAACAUACCCUUGCUGGUCCAUCAACCCAAGAUGAGAAGAAGAGGAAGGCCAUUUGGAAUGAAAAAUUGAUAGAGGAGUUUAUCGAUAUAUGUAUUGGUGAAGUUGAAGCUGGUAAUCGCCCAGGAACACAUUUCAAUAGGUUAGGGUGGGCCAAUAUAAUUAAGAAAUUCAAUGAGAAGACUGGAAAUCAAUAUGACUACAAAAAAUUUAAAAAUAAGUGGGAUAACCUGAAAGCAAAUUGGAGCAUUUGGAUGAAAUUGGUGGGAAAGGAAACAGGACUUGGAUGGGAUCCUGUUAGAAAUACAAUAGAUGCACCAGAUGCAUGGUGGGAAAAAAAAUUGCAGGAGAUUCCUGAUGCAGCUAAGUUUCGAGAACGUGGUCUACAACAUGCCAAUAAAAUUGGAUAG